AUGACCUCGGUAGAGAUCCCUUUUGGCGGUCACCCCACCCUCGGCGCAGCCUCUUACCUCCGGUCCAAGGGCAUCACGAAGAUCGUCACGAAAGCCGGUCCUGUUCCCAUCACCGCCGGACAGGACCACUUUGUGAGCGCUUUGGUCCCGCACAAUACGUACCUUCACGCCAAAACUAUCGCAAGCCUCAACACCGAGUCUCGCGUGGGGCUUCACCCCUCACCUGAGAUCAGGGAAGCGGAGCUCGGCGCGCCCAUCUUCAGCCCCGUGCACGGCAUCGCCUUCGCCCUUGUCAGCUUGCCUUCGCUGGAACAGCUGUCCCGUGUCUUCGUUGGGCCCUUCGAGUUCAACGCCCUGGAGCUCCUCGGCCCCACCUGGAGCAAGUCAUUCAUGGCGAGGUCGUACUAUGUUAUAACCGACUCGACUACCUCGGGCUCCGUCAGGAAUGUCAAGAUUCGCACGCGCAUGAUCGCUUCCGGUUGUACGUAUCUCCCACUUGCAAAGUCGGCUUUCACUCAAAACAAGCUUCCUUCUCUUGAAAGAAAAACUGCUGAUGGUGGCAUGUCCUUAUUUCUAGUCGAAGAUCCUGCCACAGGCGCCGCAGCCUGCGCGCUGACGAGCUACCUUGCUCUUCACAAGUUUGAAGAGCUGGAGUUGAAGUACGAACUGACGCAAGGUGUCGAGAUGGGACGGCAGAGUGACAUCUACGUCACUGUUAAGGUCUCUGUCAGCGAGAAGGGGGAGAGAUCAAUCAAGGAGAUUUUCCUGGGGGGUACAGCGAGGCAGAUCAUGAAGGGGACACUUGAGACACCACCUUUGUAG